AUGUCCGAGAGAGCCGUGAGCAAAGUCAAAUCUGUCUUUGCGUUUGGGGCCUUUUUCUAUGCUCCAAGCUUUCUGUCGCUGCGAGUUGGUCUACCAGAGUCAGGCUGUGUUCGACGCUCAACUGCAAAACGCCAGAGUGCUUCGAGGAGGCCUCCGGCGCCUUCACCGAGAUUUCACGCCUCCGUUACGCGACGAACUUUUCUCGCAGCAACGCUUAGCCUCCCGGCUGUUCUACUUCCAGAAUUGGUGACUGCCAAGACUAGCGUGAAAUCUGCGUACAGUAUAGUUACCUCCAAGGACGGGGCACCAUUGGCUCUUGACAAAUUUUCCGGCAAAGUAACCCUCUUUGUCAACGUUGCAACUUAUUGCGCCCUGACCCCACAGUACGAGGGCCUUGUUUCCCUUUUCGAAAAAUUCCAAGCCCGAGGUUUUGAAAUAAUCGCAUCACCGUGCGACCAAUUUGGGCACCAGGAGCCAGGAUCGAACGACGAGAUUUGCAAAUUCGCAAAGGAGAAGUUUGGGGCUCGUUUCUUACUGCUCGACAAGCUCAACGUUAACGACGGUCCAGGAGGAGUCGCGCCUUUGUACCAAUUUCUUCGAGACACAAGUCCAGAAAACCCGGGGCAGCGUGUGGGUUGGAACUUUGAAAAGUUCUUAGUGGGCUCUGACGGACGCGUGCUGCGGCGAUACAAGCCUGGCGUCUUGCCGGAGCAAAUCGACGAAGAUAUUGGUUGGGCUUUACAACAUCUGGGACAAGAUCUUCCGCCAAAGAAGAAGCCGUCUCUCGGUGUCACUUAG